UAUCCAUUUAUCCAGCUACAGUGCGUUAGUAACCAUUCAAUCAGCCAUCAUUUCGUUAGUUGUGUGAAAACGCUGGCAAUGUGUCACGAUACGAUCGGAAAUUCUUCGCGAUUAUAACGUUAAAAAGUAUCUUAAUUCGACUGUAAUAUCAUCGCGAAACGUGAAAUGAAAAUAAUCCGUCGAAUCGAGCGUGAAUAGUGCUUCGUUAACUAGUUUCUGUUACGUUAAUUAGUGCUUGUGAAUGGUUCUUUUUUCCAACCCAUCUAGUGUAUCGUAUCACUCUCUACUAGAGGAGUAAUAAUAAUUAUUGAUAAAUGUUGACGGAGAAAAUUAUUGAAAAUUAUUCGACUUCAGGUACGAUGCAAAGUUGCUGUAACAGGAGUGAAGAAAUUACUACACAAAUGAAAACUACCCUCCGGUGACGAUCAAGAAACACACGUAUCAACUAGAUCGAAAUGGCAGUCGUGGGACCCAGUAGACACACCAGAGUGUCUAUGUCAUUAAUGCAGGGUUCGUCUACAACGGGCAGUAAUAAUACUGGCAAUAAUAAUUCGAAUACCAACGGCACUAGUAACAGUAAUAGUGUCGGUAGUAAUGGUAACAAUAAUAGCAGUCAACAGAGUGUAUUAUCUGCUCCUCAAAAUAAUUAUUUCAAUGCUCAACCAACGCAUCAGGCUUCGAAUAACAUCGCCCAGUCGCAUCAUUUUCCUUCCGAUGUUCAAGCCGAUAGACCUAUCGGAUAUGGAGCUUUUGGCGUAGUGUGGGCUGUUACGGAUCCUAGAGAUGGUCGACGUGUGGCGUUAAAGAAGUUACCUAAUGUGUUCCAAUCGCUGGUUUCUUCGAAAAGAGUUUUUAGAGAAUUAAAAAUGCUUUGUUUUUUCAAACACGAAAAUGUACUCUCAGCUUUGGAUAUACUGCAACCCCCGCAUCUAGACUUUUUCCACGAAAUAUACGUUAUUACAGAGUUACUACAAAGUGAUCUCCAUAAAAUAAUCGUCUCACCACAGCAUUUAUCUUCGGAUCAUAUUAAAGUCUUCCUGUAUCAAAUAUUGAGAGGUUUGAAAUAUUUACAUUCAGCGAAAAUCUUACAUCGAGAUAUCAAACCUGGGAAUCUUUUAGUCAAUAGCAAUUGUGUUCUUAAGAUAUGCGAUUUCGGUCUCGCCAGAGUUCAAGAGCCCGACGAGAAGAAACCAAUGACUCAAGAGGUAGUUACUCAGUAUUAUAGAUCACCAGAAAUCCUGAUGGGAGCAAAACAUUAUACCACUGCCGUUGAUGUGUGGAGCGUUGGCUGUAUUUUUGGCGAAUUACUCGGACGACGGAUUUUAUUCCAAGCUCAUAGUCCUAUUCAGCAGUUGGAAUUAAUCACGGAUUUGUUGGGUACUCCAAAACCAGAAGAUAUGCGUGGCGCGUGCGAUGGCGCUAGAUCUCAUAUGGUUAGACAACGUAUGAAACCAGCUUCUUUAAAUACAUUGUAUAAUCUUUCAAGUCAAGCUACACCCGAGGCCGUCCAUUUACUUUGUCGUAUGCUUGUUUUUGAUCCGGAAAAAAGAAUAAGCGUUGUGGACGCCUUGAAUCAUCAGUAUUUGGAUGAAGGAAGACUUCGUUACCAUUCUUGCAUGUGCAAGUGUUGCUAUACUACAUCCAAUUCUCUGAGACAGUUUACUCACGACCUUGAACCGAUUGCCUCGCGGUCUUUUCAAGAUGGUUGGGAGAAGAAGUUAACCAGCAUACAGCACGUCAAAGAGGAAAUGCAUAAAUUUAUAUCAGACCAGUUGAACAAUAGCAGCAGAGUACCAUUAUGUAUUAAUCCGCAAUCAGCCGCAUUUAAAAGUUUCGCUAGGGGAUGAAGAAAUAUUUAACUUCGAAAUUAUUACGGAAACGUGAAGAAAACGUUCGUUUGGGAUUAAUUAACGAAUCUACCUAGAUUACAUUUGUGACUACUUCUUGGAUUCUCAGUUUAAGACAGAAUUAUUCUAACGUGUAUAAAUAUUUAAUUUUUUUUAGCUCGACAGUCGCUCAUCCUUCGGAAUUACCGCCGUCUCCGCAACAGUGGGACUGACAAACGUUGCGUGUGAACGAAACGAAAAUCACGGUUGUAAAAUCAUCGUGUUGAUUUUUGGUUUCGAUUCUCGAAACGAAUAAUAUGGUUUUAUUUUAUAUUUGUGUAUUUUUGAUUGAUGGCUGAGAGAAGAAUAUUGAUCGGUGAUUUGAUAUUACCUACGUGAUUUUUUCAAGUACCUAUGGUUAUAUAAGUGUUUGUCUGUCUGUGUGUGUGUGUGUGAGUUUGAGUUUUUUUUGUGCAAAUUUCACAACGUAUUUAACGAACUAUGAACUAUGUAUUGAAUAAGUGUCUUCGAAUGAUCAAGUGAUUCAUUUUUUUAAGGUAGAUUUUUUUUUCUAAAUAUAGUGAAGGUAUUUUUUUUUUUUUUUUUUUGUAUUAUAAUAUGGGAAAAUAGAAAAGAUGAUCGUAUUCUUGGGUAUCAUUAUGUCAACAUGUCAAAUUACGCUGCCGCCUUAUUAUGCUUAAAUAAUUUUUCCCUUUUUAUGUAUUAUGUACAACACGACGAUGUUGUACUUUGUAAAAAUUGUGUAUAAUAGAUGAAAAUGAUAUAUUAUUUUUGCUCAGCUAUUAGCGUUUUAAGAAUUUUUAGAUUUUUACCACUUUAUUACGGCGACUGAAAAUGUUUGGCUUUAAUUAUUUCUUCUUUAUAUGUACUUUUUUUUUCUUUUUUUUUCCUCUUCUGUAUCGUUUGUGGAAUUUUAAAAUACGCGACAGAAUAUAUUGUUUUGAUGACGAUAGACAUCGAAUCGUGUGAACAACUAGUCCUCUUUUAUAAUUUGAUGCGAGUCUGUGACUUGUAUCUUCAUUUUAAAAUUUUUUUUUCCUCCUUUCUGUUUCUUUUUAUUACUAAAUACUUUCAUAGAAUUUUAUUAUUUUAAGCGUGGAUGUUUAAUCGUAGAUCGAUACGAUGAUCUGUUGUGGUCGCGAGUUCGACGCGAAAUUGGCUGAUUAAUAAUUGUGUUCAAAUACCAGUGCAAACGUACUCAACUACAUACGAGUACGUUUGCACGAUAUAUUGAAUUUUUUUUGGGUGAUUAAGGUCAGUUUUAGUUCAUUUGUACUGAGUAUUAAUUAUUCAAUUCGAGGUGUAACGAUAGGCGAUCGUGUGUUACUCUUUAUGUGGAUGCUAUUGUUUAAGUGUAUUGUCGAUCGUACAAUCUGUUGCUUUGAUAUUAAUAUUUCUAUAUCUCGGGUGAUAAGUUGUGAUGUAUAUACGUUUUAUAAAAUUAAUUACGUUGUCAUUCGUGUUUGAUACACAUACCUGAUGUUUAGGAGGGUAGAAGGAACUUUUUCUCUUUUUUUUUGCUCCAAAUCCAAAAGUAAACCUAGUAAUUGUAGUUGGCUUUAGAAAAUAUGUGAAGUAACUGAAGUGAUUAAUUGAAAGGUUCCUCUUUUUUUUUUUUCAUUUGUAAUCAAUCGAAUAUGUAAUGAUAUUAAAUGAAAUAAUUUUUUAGUUAGCUGAUCGAUAGAAUUAAUGCCCCGGUGGCUCGAUUCGAUCGUGAUGAUGACAAUUUUUGGAUAAUAUGACACCAUCAAAAAUACAAUAUUUGUUCUUAUUUUGAUAAAAUUUCAGGGAAAAUAUCGAUCAAAAGAAUCGGUAACGUGAUUGUGUGACUAACCUCUUACCAAUUUUUGUAAACUAAAAGAUGAAAGUUUGAAAAAAAAUGCACAAAUUUCAAAAGGCAGACGUUCAACUUGAACUUUCAACUUCUCAGGUUCUAAAAUAAUCACGAAAUAUGGUGUAAAUCGAUGAAAUGUAUGUUUUUGCCUUUUGGUCGGUAUUUCUUUCAAUACGUUAUUUUUUUAAAUUAUGGAUCUCCUUGGAUUGAAGUUGGAGAAAUCGAACCAGAAUUAUUCUGAAAAAUAUUCACUGAAAAGUUGAAAUCCGUUUCAAUUGUUUUUUAGUUGAAAAAAAAAUAUAUUGCCAAAAGUUUGAAAUAAAACAUUGAAAUUUUUCUCAGGCUGCGUCUUACAUCCUACUCUGCUGAGAUGUUUUUAUUUUCAUUUUCGUGUUUCAGAAAUUUGAUUUUUUUUAGAAUUUCAUUGCCUGGGUAGCUGUUUUCUUUGGAAAAAAAUUGACCAGAAAAAAUUUCGACCUGAGUAAAUUUCAACCUCACACUCCUCCUCAAAUUUGAACAAUUAUUUUUUGAAAUUUUUCGUCAAAAUUCCUGCUUUUUGCCAAAUUGUAAAAAAGUCCUACUUUUUUAUAUUUUUUAAUGGAAUUGAAAACUUGGAAAUAAAUUGUUGUAUUGAAUUUUUGAAAAUUCCACCAACGAAGUAGACUUGAAAAAAUCAAGUUGUAAGGUAUUGGAAAAAAUGUUUACGUCAGACUUUCAAUUUCAAAAAUUAUCUUUUAUUAAGUAUUUUUUUUGUCUGGCUCGCCAGUAAUUUUUUCAUUUUUUUGGUAAAAAUACUGGCAAGUGGCAAUCAUUAAUAUUUUUUGUAAAUUACCAACUUCUUGGCAAUUUUGGUGAAUUUCUGAUAAUUUUUGGUAAAUUACUGGUAAUUUUUGAUAAAUUACAGGUAAUAUUUGGUAAAUUACAGGUAAUAUUUGGUAAAUUACUGGUAAUUUUUGGUAAAUUACUGGUAAUUUUUGAUAAAUUUCUGGUAAUUUUUGAUAAAUUUCUGGUAAUUUUCAGUAAAUAAAUUGCUGCAAGUUUUGGGGAAUUUCUGGUAAUUCUCGAUAAAUUAGUGGUAAUGUUUGGUAAAUGACUGAUGAUUUCUGGUAAAGUAAAUUUUUGGUAAUGAGUUGUAAAUGACUGAUAAUUUUUGGUAAAUUAUUGGUAAUUUUUGGCAAACUAUUUGUAAUUUUUGGUCAAGUACUGGUGAUUUGUAUCUAUAUUUAGGUAAAUUACUGUCUUUUUUCUGGUAAAUAAGUGAUAACUUCUGAUGAAUUAUCGCCACUUGUUGGAAAAUUAUAUAAUGAUUUGCCAAACUUUCAAAAAAUGAACUUCCUCACAUUUUGUCAGUCUUAAAAACAAAAAAAAAAUCUUGUAGGAUCCUGUUCCUGUCAAUGAAAUUUUAUUAUUAAGUUGACAGCAAAAAAACACAUCCAUGAUUUAAUUGGAGCUUUUCUUACAGAAGAGAUUUUACUUCCAUUUUUUCUGCUCUCCUAUAAUAAAGUUUCCUAAACUUGCUCGAAAUUUGAAAAAUCAACAAAAAGCAGAACUUAUCGCAUAUUGGAAAAUAAAGAUAGCAAAAUUGAUUAGAUUACCUAACUAGUUUUGCAAAAUCGUUUGCUCUACUUCGAGAAAGAGAAAUUGAAAGUGUCGGUUGAACCUAACUUUGCAAUCUUAAUCCCAUUCAAUUUUUUGUAAAACAUGAAAAUCUACUAAGCAGUAUAAUUUUUUUGUGAUACAUUUUUGUAAUGACUGAAAUUACGAAAAAAUAUUACCAAUUCGUUAACGUGUAGGUAGCCCUUAGCAAUACCAAACAUAGGAUAAUUCGACGAUACAUUGUAAAUAAAUGCGAACCCAAGCAAGCGAGAAACCGCAGCUAAAUUUUAUCUCAAUGUUCGUGAUUAAUUUUAAAAAAACAAAAAAGAAAUGAUCGCGGAUUUUAUUUUAAUAAUUGGAAUUAUUUUAUCAUCGUAUUAUAAAAUUUGUAUAUACAGUAUUAUAAGAGAAAAAAAUUGUGAUUUUGUACGUAAUAGUUUCUACAUAAAGAUUCUCCUAUUAUAUCUGUAAUGCGUAUUGUAAUAAGACUUGUAUAAUAUUUCUGGUAAUAGUAUUUCGUUUCCUACCUAUAUAAAUGUCGAAUAUCCCAGCGUACUUCGUCGAAUCAGUGACGUUUGCCGGUCUAAUUAAUUUGUACGAGAAGUAAAUAAAAUAACGAAAAAGCGAA